ACAGCGAAAGACUGCUCUCUUGUUUUAUCGAUUUGUGGCUAAGUGCCUUCGAUCAGCCUUAAGUAAUAUCGAUGGCCUCCUACAGCAGGACCCCCUCUGACGAUAUAGUCAGCAUAGUGACUGUCAAAGAAAUUGGGUUACCAACUAGACUAACUCUGCGCUUGCUAACAUUAAAGCAGAGUGCCGCAGUCCAUAAGACAAUGAACACAAACGUAGCUUGUGGGAGUCUGCGCCAAACAAUGAACACAAACGUAGCUUGUGGGAGUCUGCGCCAAACCAUGUCCACAACAAAGGACUCUGUGCGAAAUCCGGCGUGCGAUGGGAAUCUUCUUUCCGCUUUCAUUGUACUCCACCCAUUCCUCUACAGCGAAGACAAAGAGAUGUCGGAAGGCUAUCUCCUGUAUGUUUCUAGGGACCUUGGAGGGUAAGGUAAUGGGUAAGGUAGUGUUUGAGGAUCUUCGGCUUCCACAGCAAAGCUUGUGAGAGAACUUGGGUUAAGAUGGUGCACUCCUGUAUUUUCCAAGAUGAAAUGGGUAUUGUACCAGAUUUCUUCCUUAACUGGUAAUGGGUAUCAGGAGGUUCGCUGGAAAAUAGCCGGAGUCAUCCAUUUCUGGGGGAAUAUCCCAGAUUGUUUUCUCCGGGGCGAGUCUUCCUGUUAUGACAGCGUUCUCAAAAAUUUCUCCAUUGGGCUCGAUGAAUGGCUCUCUUUAGCCGGCUGUUGUCGAGUUGGAAAUCGCCCCCAUCUCUACUGAUACCCUUAUUCCCACUUGUUUCCAAUAGGACGGGUUGCAGGGCGGGUCACUAACUCUAUGAGGGCGUAUGAUAUUCAUCCCGCCUCCAUACCCCUUUGUAAUGAUCCAGAUACCUAAACGUUUGGUCCGCCCAGAUUGCUAGGAA